CCGCACAAAUCCAUCUCGAACGACGAACUGAUCACUGAUGGAGCGGGCGCACUGCGGCAGCGGCCACUCGUCGUCGGGGACGAAGUCUCCGGCGGCCGGCGGCCGGGAGGAGGGCUCGUACAUGACGGUGUCGUCGGCGCCGCCCAAGCGGCGGGCGGGGAGGACCAAGGUCAGGGAGACGAGGCACCCGGUGUACAAGGGGGUGCGCAGCAGGAACCCCGGCCGGUGGGUCUGCGAGGUGCGCGAGCCGCACGGGAAGCAGAGGCUAUGGCUCGGCACCUUCGACACCGCCGUGAUGGCGGCUCGCGCGCACGACGUCGCCGCCGUCGCGCUCCGCGGCCGCGCCGCGUGCCUCAACUUCGCGGACUCGCCGCGCGCGCUCCGGGUGCCGCCGCAGGGGGCCGGCCACGACGAGAUACGCCGGGCCGCGGUCGAGGCGGCCGAGCUGUUCCGCCCGGCGCCUGGGCAGCGCAAUGCAGCUGCCGAGGCGGCGGCUGCUCCGCCGGUAGACGCGGGGAACGCGGAGCUCGCCGCAAACUCUCCUUGCUACUACAUGGACGGACUGGAAUUCGAAAUGCAGGGCUAUCUUGACAUGGCGCACGGCAUGCUCAUCGAGCCACCACCGAUGGCCGGGCCGUCGACGUGGAUCGAGGAGGAGUACGACUGCGAGGUCAGCCUGUGGAACUACUGAUGGCGCGCACCUGAGCCGGCCCGGCUCUGGCCUUCAUGGCUCACUGUACAUACAGCUUAAUAUCGCCAUCCAGGACGACCUGUACUUGUGGUGUGUAAUGUUUCCCUGCUAUUCUGACGAAAAUGUCAUGACAAUGUGGGUCAACAAACAAUUAGUGCCAGAGAUAGCACUUGCACGGGCGAUCUUGGCACGCUGAAAUUCAAGCCUUUACUCGACCGAUUCAUAUAUUUCCUGCUUUGAGAUAACUUGGUCAGACUAACAGGCUCUUGCGCUGUCGCAGAAGUUUCGAGAGGAGCUUUUCAGGUCGCAUUCCCUGAUGCAGAUCUUUAUCGACAAAAAAAAAUCCAUGAUGCAGAUUAACCAGCGGAAAAAGACAGGGGCAAAGAAAAAACAGCGGAAAAAAGACUUGUUCUAACUUGAGAAAGAAACUUCAGGAACAAAAUUGGAGGUGUUGCUUGUCAAACGCAAGCAUUUUUACCGAGUCUGUUGAUGAGUCUCAUGGUGUGUCCG